CAUAUUUUCAAGUCUUUUCAGCCUUUAUCGGAGCCGUUUCGUUAUAUAUGUAGUUAAAAAUCACUCCGCAAAUCGAAUAAUUCAAUAGUCGACGUAGCUGCUCCGGCAGUGAAUUCUAGCAGCGGGUUUGGAAACUUAGUGUGAUUCGUGGCCAGAAAUGUUGUUUUAAAACACAACUUUACGUAUAUUUAUUUCCCUUGGCAUUAUUUUAAAAAAAUGUACUUUUAAUUUCGGGGUCUGAGGCCCGAGAUUCGUAUUAUAAGUGUAUUUGUAUCAUGAAAACACGUAAAUUCUCUCGUUACUGACCUUAUAUGUUACAUAUCGCUGACGAGUAAUUGAAAGACUCGUCCACAUUGCGGUCUGCCAUGUCCACAUUGCUUGGUCCAAACCCCGUGGACUGCUACAGUUUCAAUAAUGCAAUCACAGAGCAGUAAGUCGGUCAACACACUCGUUUUUUAGCCUUGUUUUUUGGGCUCCUACGACAUUGGCUUCAGGCACGAUUUAACACGCGAUGUCAAAAGGAAGAACACUAUUUCUGUAAAAAUUUACAACAAUUUUUGGAUAAUAGUUCACAAGGAUUAGUUAAAAAAAAUUUUUACUUCGAAAGGGGCAGUUGGAUAUUUUAUCAGCCCCCUCUCCAGAAUUUUUAAACGUUCAUGGGCUGGCGUGUACCAGACGUUGAGAGUUGGCGAUAGUGUAGCGGUAUCCUGCCAGGCGAUUCCAAUACAGCGAGGUGGGACGACGUGAAUGAGUGGUAUAGCGGAAUGCACUGGUUUUAUUAGAGCACCACGAUGAUACCCCCUAGCACAAGACAGCUUGCGCCAAUUUUUCCUUCCUAAGGAAAAUAAAUGCGUAGAAAUGAACCCGAAUUAUUAUUGUCCUAGUGAGACAAGAAAUGUUUGAAGAAUUCAACCACUACGCCAAUUUAAACGUAAGUCUGCGACCAAAACUUCCUCAAUGGAGGAUUUUUUUUCCUGGAUAUUAUUUCGAGCACUAGUCAAGGGUAGGGGGAAUUAUAAAUGCGAUUCUUUCUGGUGCUUCUAGCGCGGUAUACCUGAACUCGCGCGCAGUCUUCUCGUCGUGCGGUAAACAUAACAUUACACGACGGAGAAAUGAAGAGAAAGAUGCAAUGCAAGGCCUUUGUGUGCUUUCAAGUAUCUGUUCCAGGCGUUUCAUGCCUAAGAAUAACUGUGAAUACGCGUGCUUUAGCCAUUUGAACUCUCAUUAAAAAAAUACAGUUUCAAAAGAAAGACGGAAGAAAAUACAGAAUCAGAACAGCCCAACCGCUCUCGGCGUGUUGUCACAAGACUUUUCGUAAACGGACACCACUCGUAUGUCUUGAGCGGUUUUCAAAAUCGCAGCGGGGGGGUUUCUUCUGAAAGCUGUGCGCACCGUGUGCGGGGGGCAGGUAUAGGGUUGAGGCCUUCAUCAGUCAUAAAUAGUCGGGAGUUCGAAGAAUAUCACGUAGCUUCCUCCGGCGUCAAUCUCCCGAAAUUACGAUAUUUUUCUUUGUUUGUGUGUGUUAAUUAAUUUUUUUUUAUGACAAAAUGAGUGUUCGUAAUCGGCCCGCUGGAACCUUUUCACCCGCGGGUGUGGAAAUCCAACACUUGCGUGUCUCCCAUUCGCGAGGAAACACGUCUGUCCACUUCCAGAGUAGUUCUUUUCUUUUUGAAUCCAGAUUCGUGUUCGUCUCUAACAGGACUUUGCCGUUCCCCCCCUUCUCAUACACACACACACGAGGAUGAACGGGGCCUCGACCGAGGGGAUAAGUAGCGGUCGCCGCGGGUCGCCCGCGGCCACUCGCCGUCCCGUCGUCGCCGGACCAACUGAACUGCAGCUGUCCACGGGGAUGCUGCGCGCCUCGCUGCUGCUGCUGCUGCUGCUGCUGGCCGGAGCGCUGUCUCUGGCCGGGUCCUCGCUCCCGCUAGCUUCCUACAUGAAGCCUUGCUCCAGAAAUGAUCCGAACCUGGACAACUGCACUUUGGAACACGGGAAAUGGGCGAUUCCAUAUCUUUUAAAAGGAGAUCCGAAGUACUCGAGCCCGGUGCUCGACCCCAUGGAGAUCAUAGAGUUGAAGCUAGAAGACGUGGCGAAGGACAACAAGACUACUGGUAUCGACAUAACCAUGCGCCGUCUCAAGAUAUUUGGACUGGACCGCUUCGAGCUGAAAAAAGCACGCUUCGACCUGAAGAAUAAGAAGAUAGACAUAGCGGGCAACUCUCCCCAUGUUGCUCUGGUGUUCGAGUAUGAAAUAGAAGGGAAAAUUUUAAAGAACCCCAUACUGGGAAAUGGAGACGGGAUAAUUAACAUGACUGAUGUGGAUCUCUCGUAUACGAACGACUUUAAGCUGGUGAGGAGAGAAGACGGCUUGGAAUACAUGAGCCCAGGAGACCACAAGUUCGUCUACAAAACCAAGAACAUGAACUGGCAGCUGGACAACUUGUUCAAUGGGGACAAAACCUUAGGUUGGCCAGUUCACCAACAGCUUCCUGAACGCCAACUGGGACGUGCUCAACGAGGAGAUGGGGCCUUACCUGUCGGAGGCGGUCGGUGUGGUGAUCAAGCAGAUAGUCACCACCGUGUUGAAGCUCGUGUCCUACGACAAGAUAUUCCCCGAGAAGGUGUGAGCACCACGUGGACUUAAUGAACAAUACAAUAGUUAAUGAUGUGAGGUUUCAUUUAAACAUCCAAUGCACGAUAUAGAUCCUACUUCAUUGUAGUGUUUUGUGCCAUGACUGUGUGGUAAAGGAACUAUCGUAGCACUAACACGCUGAUGAAGUUUGUUUUAUCUUGUGCAUUGGAGGUUUAAAUCCAACCUCACAUCGUUAACUAAUACAUUGUUGGUCAAAUAAAAAUUGUGGAUGAAUAACAACAGCAAAAUUAAUUAAAUAAUUUUCUUGACCACUACAUUUUUAAUAUAUUCCUUUAUAACAGUUGUCACUAUAAUAUGUAUAGAUAUUUUGAAAAUAUACCAUAUGAAUCAUUGUUUACAAUUGAUAUAAAAUGUAUUUCUUUGUUUUUAUUAAAUUUAUUGUUGAUGUAAGGGUUCCCUCCUAUAAAAGUUUUUAUACCUAAUUGAUUAGUAAUCAUGUACAUUGAAUUUAUAUAAUAGCCAUAGUAAUAAUAACUAAACACAUUUUUUUAUUAUGCUAACUGUGCUUCAGUUCCUACCUGAAUUAUUUAAAGAUGAAAUGGUGUAUGUGUAUUAUUACCUUUAAAUUCAAAUGUCGAUAUUUAUUUUUCGAGGAAGACCUCCAGAUUUAUUUGUAAGAUUUGUGUACCUUAGUAUUAAAAUAAACUAUAUCUUUUGGUAGAUAA